UUCAUUUUAUAGACUGAUAUCAAUAUAAAUAUUGUCAGUAUAAAUCUCUACUGCUUUCUCUUACUCUCCUCUUAUUUAAAUUCAUACGAUCCUGUUUUCAUGAGAAGUGAAACAAAUCGAGAUGAAUCUCGUUCUCGACAAUUCUCGAAUUGUGCGAUAUAAAUGUUCGUGAAAUAUUUGUGCUACGCGGUUGGUAGUGAAUUAUUGUAGGAUAUAUCAUGGAUAUAUCAUAUAUGUUGUAUGCAUCAAACUGACAGCCAUUAGCACAAUAGCGCAUAGCAUUCGUAAAAUUAAAACAAUUUCAUAUUGCUAAACACAAUAGAUAUUUGUAUAAAAAGGAGAAAAUUCUGAAGAAUCAUAAUGUAUCAUUUUUCGCAUGAGCAAUUUUGUUAUCUACAUCUACUCCCGAUCUAGUCUUUUCCUUCUAUUUUAUAACGUAAAUUGUAUAUCAGAUGAUACUUUAAUUACAUUGUAUUUUAUAAACAUGAUAAUGAGACCAAGAUGCGAACGUGAUAUUAUGGUCAAUUCUGAAAGAUAAUGUAGCUGAUGAGUAGAUAACAUUUACAUUAAUCAAUAUAAUAAAAAGGAAAUACUAGUUAUAUGACAACAAAGCUCAUUGUUAAAUUUACAAUUACUAUUUUGAAAUAUAUGUAUUGUAUUUCAAUUUUCGCAAUUAUGAAUGUGAUUCAAUUAUUGAGGAAAUCGAUUUACGUUAGUGUAUUAAUAUGACCAAACGUAAUAAAAGAUCGAAUAUUGUUUGAGAGAAAGAGAGAGAGAGAAAGCUCCCAACACUUUUGUAGCAUUAUAGUUAUAGUGUUUUGUAAACAGUAUCCGCUUAAAUUUGAUAUACAAGUUACUAGCACUCGAUUAACAAUACGAUGCCUGUUCUAAAAAAAAUACACAGCAAUGAUCUAAUCUAAUCUCGAAACACGAUACGAAACAGCAUACAGAAGUAAAAUCUUCGCCGAGAUUCAAUACAACGGAAUGGAAUAAAAGAUCCGUUUGACGUCUGUUGCUUUCAUUACAUCAAGCCUUGCUGGAUCAGAAUGAUGCUGUUAGUACAUAUUUUGUGCGCUGCGUUGAUUCUUUGCGUGUCAGUAAAGGCGCAUUACAGCGUGAUAGCGAGAACGGAUGAGGAGAAAUUUGUGUCGAUUUUAACAGAAACGCCCAAGUAUGUUCCAACUUGGCCUAGUCUAGACAAUCGAUCGCUACCAGCCUGGUACGAUGCCGCAAAAAUUGGAAUCUUUAUUCACUGGGGUGUAUUCAGUGUGCCUAGCUUUGGUUCUGAAUGGUUUUGGAAUAAUUGGAAAGACGAAAUUAACUCUACGAAAUAUUCCGACUUUAUGAAGCAAAGGUAUCCUCCAAACUUUAGCUAUCAAGACUUUGCACGUGAUUUCACUGCCGAGUUCUUCAAUGCUUCUGAAUGGGCCGAAUUAUUCAAAGCAUCAGGUGCAAAAUAUAUCGUAUUAACAAGCAAACAUCAUGAAGGAUAUACAUUGUGGCCGUCAAGAUAUUCAUUCAGUUGGAACUCUAUGGAUGUGGGGCCUCAAAAGGAUCUUGUUGGUGAACUGGCACAAGCUAUUCGUAACAAGACAGACAUAAAGUUUGGCCUAUAUCAUUCUAUGUAUGAGUGGUAUAAUCCCCUGUAUAUGGAAGACAAAAAAAACAAAUUUACAACAGAUAGAUUCGUGACUCAUAAAAUAAUACCAGAGUUACACGAGUUGGUAGAAACAUAUAAGCCCGAAGUAAUUUGGUCAGAUGGGGAUUGGGAAGCAUCGGAUUCUUAUUGGAAAUCAAAGGAAUUUCUGGCAUGGUUAUACAAUGAAAGUCCCGUAAAAGACACAGUGGUGGUGAAUGAUAGAUGGGGUAGUAAUAUGCCGUGCCAUCAUGGUGGUUUCUUUACGUGUACUGAUCGUUUUAAUCCUGGUGUACUUCAAUCACACAAAUGGGAAAAUUGUAUGACUAUUGACAAAAAGUCUUGGGGAUACCGUAGAAAUGCCGUUUUAUCGGAGUACUAUACAUUGGCAGGAUUAGUGAAGGAGUUAGUAAUUACUGUAAGCUGCGGUGGAAAUUUACUGAUGAACGUCGGACCAACAAAAGAUGGCAUCAUUACACCAAUAUAUGAAGAAAGAUUGCGCGGAAUGGGCGCUUGGCUAGCAGUUAAUGGUGAAGCUAUUUACGAUACGAAGCCUUGGAAAGUACAAAAUGAUACCUUAACCGGAAGCGUCUGGUAUACAUUAAGUAAAAAUGAAAAACAGUUGUAUGCCUCAAUUCUAGAAUGGCCAGAUGAUAACAUCUUAUUAUUAGGCUCGCUCAAACUUUCGAAUAAUUCUCAAAUACAUCUACUUGGUUAUUCAUUAAUAAUUUCUUGGAAAGAAUCCGAUAAUAAGUUGAAAAUAAGUUUACCUGCUAACGCACAUAAAGGACAACCAGCUUGGGUGUUAAAGAUUGGGGCUCUUUAAAAUGUACAUAUAUUUUACUAAGAAUAUAUUUUAUAUUGUAUUUAUUUUCAAAAUAUAUACGAAUCUUAGAAAAUGACAUUUAAAAAAAUUUUGUUGUAAUAAAAAAAGAACAAAUACAAGAAAUGCAGUGUUUU